AUGCCUCCAUCCAAGACCCAACAAGACACUCCUACUGCCCACAAGAGCGCUGACCUCUUGGAGCAUUCCAAGGACGAGUCGGUCCUUACUGACAAGGAUCGCAAGGAACUUGCCUUCACGGACAAGCACAGCUCCCCAGAUGUUUACAUUAGUUACAAAAACGACACCCUGUGGCAUCCUUGGACAGGCACGUUGGAGCUGAAGCCUCUCCGGUACGAGACCAGGUCUGGCAGCUUCGUGGUGUCCCUGCGGACGCCAGUUGAUGCGUGGCUCAGAAAGCAUAGACAUCGAGGCACCGUCACGGCUGUCACGCUUGUAGGUAACUGGCGAUGUAAGAAGUACGACUGGGUCGCAGGGCCUGGUGACUACGUUGUCGAGAAUCCGGGUACGAUUUACACUCUGUUCAUGAGUGCUGGAUCUGAGGUGAUCUUUACCAUCACAGGCAGUCUUGAGUUCUUCAAUGAUGAUGACAGCUUGAGGGAGACGAUGGACAUUUUCAGUUUUGCGCACCUAUAUCACGGUCCUUGCGAAGAAAAGAGCAUUAAGCCUAAUGAGAAACUGUGGUAUUAG